AUGAAUUUAGAGUUGCUUGAAUCAUUUGGUCAAAACUAUCCAGAGGAGUUUGAUGGUACACUAGACUCAAUAUCCCUAGCAGCUACGUGCGCGUUUAAUCGCCGCGGUACAUUGUUAGCAGUAGGGUGUAAUGACGGCCGGAUAUUUAUUUGGGAUUUCCUGACCCGAGGCAUUGCCAAGUCUAUAUCGGCUCAUGUCUACCCUGUGUGUAGCUUGAGUUGGUCUAGAAAUUGUAAGAAAUUAUUAUCAGCGUCAACGGACCACAAUGUGUGUAUAUGGGAUGUACUAUCAGGUGAAUGUGAACAGCGUUAUAGGUUUCCGACACCAAUACUCAGAGUUCAGUUUGACCCUAGAAAUGACAAACGUUUCCUUGUAUGUCCUAUGAGACAUGCGGCUUUACUAGUUGACACUGAUGGAGAACAUAAAAUACUUCCUAUUGAUGAAGAUGGUGACAUAAAUGUAAUAGCUUCAUUUGAUAGAAGAGGUGAUUAUGUGUAUACGGGCAAUGCCAAAGGCAAGAUUUUAAUUCUGGACUCACAAAAAUUAACCGUCAAAGCUAGUUUCAAAAUUACAGUCGGAACAUCAAGUACCACAGGCAUAAAAAGUAUAGAAUUUGCAAGACGUGGAGAUUGUUUUUUAGUAAACACAUCGGACAGAGUAAUUAGAGUGUAUGACACAAAUACAGUAUUAAAGUCUGGUGUGAAUGGUGAGCCAGAGCCUAUACAAAAACUACAGGAUCUUGUCAACAAGACUACAUGGAAAAAAUGUUGUUUUUCUGGUGAUGGAGAGUACAUAUGUGCGGGGUCUGCGAGACAACACGCUCUUUACAUCUGGGAGAAGUCUAUAGGAAACCUGGUGAAGAUCCUUCACGGGACAAAGGGUGAACUGCUCCUUGAUGUUGUUUGGCAUCCAAUACGGCCUAUUAUAGCUAGUAUUAGUGCAGGCGUAGUAUCCAUCUGGGCCCAAAAUCAAGUGGAGAACUGGUCGGCUUUCGCGCCAGACUUCAAGGAGCUUGAUGAGAACGUGGAAUAUGAGGAGAGAGAGAGUGAAUUCGAUGUGGAAGAUGAGGACCGCUCUGUGGACCUGGCAGCUGACUGUCGCGACCAUGAGGAAGUUGAGGUGGACGUGACGACGUGCGAGCCGGUGGCCGCCUUCUGCAGCUCCGACGAGGAGGGCGAGGACGAGAACAUGCUCUCCUUCCUACCCAUAGCGCCCGAGAUCGAGGACCCGGAGGAUGGGUGGGCGGCAACACAAGAAACCGUGACACCGAGUGCAACACCGGAGAAAUUAGAACCUGUUGUUAAACGAUCGAAGAGCAAAACUUACGAUAUUUCUCUGAAAAUCGCUCCUCCCGAGCAAACAUUGUCGUUUGGCGGUAAAAAUAAACAAACGGCGGGAAGCAAAAAAGUUGCAGGCAGACCUCGUAAAUAAAUUUUUUAAAAAUACA